GUGUGUUAAACAUGAAUUGAUGAAAAAUGAUUAUGAUAAAAAGAAGGAGGAGAUCGUUAGUAUAAUGAGUAAAAAGUGGAACAAUGAGAAUGAUGUGAUCAAGAUGUACAAAAAUGACAUUCAUGAUGAAAAGGUUAUUGAAUCCGGAGGAUCUAGCUCAGAUUGUAGAGCUAAAAUUAAUAUUGGAUAA